CAACAAAUCUCUCUCUCUGUAACCUUUUGCAGUAAAAGCAAAGAAAUCUCAGACUCAUUAUCAAAUACAUCCUCUCCUUCUCCAUAAUCUACACGCGAAAACACAUACAAUUCUUCUCAUUUCAUCUCCAGCUUCUUCCAUGGAAACCCAAGUCCAAGUUCCGGCUACAAAACCACCAAAAGACUAUCGCUCCAACGUCGACACUUCCCGUCCUUUUCGCACCGUCAAAGAAGCUGUUGCCGUUUUCGGCGAGCGGCUUCUCGUCGGAGAGAUAUACACUCCGAAGCCUUACACUUACAGCCGCCCUCCAAGCCAAGAGAUCACCUGGUUUUCACCCGGUACUCCUCUAAGCCGUAAAGAUGAUCAACGAGAGAAUAAUACCCAUCACCGAGAGGUUCUCGAUACCUUGAAGAAGCUCGAGACCGAACUUGAGGAAACAAAGGCGGAGCUGAAGCUUCUGAAGGAAAGGGAAUCCGAAACAGAGAUUGCGUUGGCUUCAUUGAACGCUGAACUCCAUAAGAACAUGUCGAAGUUGGCUAUAGCCGAGGCUGCUGCAGCUAAAAAGGCGGCGGAGACUACGCCGAUGCCGAGGACGGUGAGUUUGGAGAUGGGGAAGGGAGAAGAUAUAGCGAGGGAAGAAGCGAAAAGAAAGGAGUUGAUGAAACGAAUGGAGAAUAACCCGACGUUGUCUCAGAUACUGAGUAUAGGGGAAAAAGAAGGGUAUUUUGCGGGGAAAAGAGAGAGGAAGUUGAUGAAGAAGAAGCCCAUUGUUCCUCUGGUGGGUGAUUGGAUUUUCAAGAAGAAAGGGUCGCAUACUACUCUUCAGAAUCCUCUUUAUGCAUCAUGAAAUGUAUCUUUUUUGUUCUUCUAAUUAUUACUAU